AUGCAGGCCAAGAAGCGCUACCUGCUGGUGUCUGCGGGGGCCUGCGUCCUGCUGCUGGCCUACCUGUGGACCCUGCAGGUUGCCGAGCUCCAGACCCGGAGCCACCCAGAGCGCUUCUACAGGCCCUCCCAGCUCCAGCCCGAGUGGGUGGAGCCUCCCUUGCGGCCAUACCUGGAUGGGGCAGAGCAGGAGGAGGACAGCCCCCUUGUCUUGCACCAGCACGCAUCACCACGCGAACGCCGCGAAACUCGCAAGAACAUCUACAAGAGCCGCCGCUGCCGCAUGGAGACGUGCUUCGACUUCAGCCGCUGCCAGAGGGCCUUUCGGGUCUACAUGUACCCGCCACAGAAAGGCGAGGUCAUCUCCGAAAGCUACCGGAAGGUUCUGGCUGCAAUCGAAGAGUCCCGCUUCUACACCCGGGAUCCUGAUGAGGCGUGCCUUUUCGUGCUGGGCGUGGACACCUUGGACAGGGACCAGCUAUCCACUCAGUAUGCUCAGGAUGUCCGUGCCAGAAUCCAGAGCCUUCCAUUGUGGAACGAGGGCAGGAACCACCUGAUCUUCAACUUGUACUCUGGAACUUGGCCCGAUUAUACUGAGGAUUUAGGCUUUGAUGUGGGCCAGGCCAUGCUGGCCAAGGCCAGUGUGGAGGUGGGAAACUUCAGGCCACGUUUUGAUGUAUCUAUCCCCCUAUUUUCUAAAGACCACCCCCAGAAAGGUGGAGAGAAGGGUCACUUGGCAUCCAACAAUAUCCCACCUGCACGGAAAUACCUGCUGGUGUUCAAAGGGAAGAGGUACCUCACAGGGAUCGGCUCUGAAACCAGGAACGCUUUGUAUCAUAUACAUAAUGGGGAAGAUAUGAUUUUGUUGACAACCUGCAAGCACGGCAAGGACUGGGAGAAGCAUAAGGAUGCCAGAUGUGACCGAGACAAUGAAGAAUACUCAAAAUUUGAUUACCAGGAGCUGCUACACAACUCUACGUUCUGUCUGGUUCCUCGCGGCCGGCGGCUCGGCUCUUUCCGUUUCCUUGAAGCCCUGCAGGCAGCGUGUAUUCCUGUGUUAUUGAGUAACGGAUGGGAGCUACCUUUCUCUGAGGUGAUCGACUGGAGUAAAGCUGCGAUCAUCGGAGAUGAGAGAUUACUACUGCAGAUCCCCUCCAUCACCAGGUCUGUCGAUGCGGACCGUAUCCUGGCUCUGAGACAGCAGACCCAGUUCCUUUGGGACUCCUACUUCUCCUCCGUUGCGAAAAUAGUCUUAACUACAUUAGAGAUCAUCCAGGACAGGGUACACACACACAUCUCCAGGAGCAGGUUGAUGUGGAACUCUCUGCCUGGCGGACUGUACACACUCCCACACUUCUCCUCUGAUCCCACACACUUUCCCUUCUACUACGGAGUCCUGGGUAAGAUUCCUCAGCAGGAGUUCACAGCUGUUAUUCAGGCUGUAACUCCUCUCCAGUCUCCACUGCAGCCCAUCCUCAAGCUCAUCAUCGCCGUGGCCAAGUCUAAAUUCUGCGCACAGAUCAUCGUCCUGUGGAACUGUGACAAACCCUCUCCCCCCAGAAGCAAAUGGCCGUCCACCACCAUCCCUCUCACUGUCAUUGAAGGAGAGAGAAAGACAAUGAGUGGCCGCUUUUUCCCUCAUGACGUCAUCAGGACGGAUGCGGUGCUCAGCCUGGAUGAAGACUCCGUUCUGUCCACCAAUGAGGUUGAUUUUGCUUUCAUCGUGUGGCACAGUUUUCCGGAGCGGAUCGUGGGCUAUCCUGCACGUAGUCACUACUGGGAUGGAGGGAAGGGGAGGUGGGGCUACACCUCAAAAUGGACCAACGAGUACUCAAUGGUGCUGACAGGGGCCGCCUUUUACCACAGGUACUAUAAUUAUCUGUACACUCACUAUCUACCUACUCGGCUGCUCUCCAUAGUGGACCAGCUGGCCAACUGUGAGGACAUCCUAAUGAACUUCCUCGUCUCUGCGGUAACCAAGCUCCCGCCAAUCAAAGUCACGCAGAAGAAACAGUACAAGGAGACGAUGAUGCAACAGGGUUCUAAGUCGUCCCGGUGGGCAGACCCGGACCACUUUGCUCAGAGGCAGUCCUGCAUGAACUCUUUCACCAGCUGGUUCGGGUUUAUGCCACUGCUUCACUCUCAGCUCCGUCUGGACCCCGUCCUGUUUAAGGAUCAGGUGUCCAUCUUACGCAAGAAAUACAGGGACAUCGAGCGGCUUUAGGGGGACCGACCACUCUGACCACAUGAACCAGAAAGUCAAAUUUCAUCUACACAAGUGAACUAACUGCCUUUGUGUUUUUUAACAACGUGCCGUUUUGCCUGGACUCAUAAAUAUUAUGUCUGCAAAGUCAUUUAAUUCAUUAAAAAAAUAUAUGCAACUCUGGGCCUUUUCCUUUCAGUGGCUCUGGUCAAAGACACUGCGGGCGUUGGAGAAUGAGGCGGACUUUUAGGUCCUUGACGUCUUUAUCGUUGUUUGUGGAGACGCCCGACACCAACACUCGCCGAUGCCUGCAAUACGUACUUUUAGUUCCCUUAUUUUUUGU